AAUCGUUCGUAGUCGGAAAAUCGAAAUCGUCACAGAAGGACUCGUGAACGAUGGCGAGCGGAAUAAUUCCUACUUUAGCACUUCGGUCCUCGAAAGGAGUCGAAGUGUGGAAGCCCGAACAGCAACAACAGCAGCUCGAGUUUAUUCCGGUGUCAGGAUUUACCCCCGACCAGAGUAAAUCUUGCCGCGCUAUUGUUUAUAGUCCGAAUGGGCGAUUUCUGGCCUGGGCCAACGGUUCCACCGUGCAGUUGUGCCGGGUGUCGGAGAAUUGGAAGAACAUCGCCUCGCUGCCUCGUCCUAAGGCGUGCUAUCUGCAGUUCUCUCCGUGCAGCACCUACCUUAUGACAUGGGAGGUGUACACCGAGAACCCGAAGGAGACGCCGAAGGAAAAGCCGAACCUGUUCAUCUAUCGGGCGGAGACGGGUGAGGAAGUGUUUUCCAUCAUCCAGAAGCGCCACCAGGACUGGCAAAUGCACUGGAGUAGCGAUGAAAGCAUAGCAGCUCUGUUGGUCGGCGGAGAGGUGCUAUUCUACGACCACAGUCCGACUGGGCCCGGUUUCAAGCAGGUGGUGAAACGCUUCGGGGGCCUACGGAACGGAGGCGUUUCAGUGGCUCCCGGACCGUCGCCACCGCAUAUCGGUGUGUACAUUCCGGGCACGAAGGGUGCUCCGUCGAUGUGCCGGUUGUUCAAGUAUCCGAAUCUGGAGAUGAACCAACCAGUUGCAUCAAAGAGUUUCUUUCAGGCUGACAAGGUGGACAUGAUGUGGAAUCGCAAGGGCAACGGAUUGAUCCUAAUGACGAGCACGGAUGUCGAUGCUUCUGGAGUUUCGUACUACGGCAAGCAGGCGCUCCAUUACAUGACUCCAAAAGGCGAUUCGUGUGCGAUCCAGUUGAACGCCGAGGGUCCAAUCCAUGAUGUCGCAUGGAGCCCGAAGUCGAGCGAGUUUUGCAUCGUGUACGGAUUUAUGCCUGCCCGAGCCACACUUUUCAACCUGAAGUGUGACGUUGUGUACGAGUUCGAGCCCGGCAACCGAAAUGCGAUCUAUUUCAACGAUUUUGGCAACUUGGUCGUAUUUGGUGGCUUCGGCAAUCUGCCGGGUUACAUUGAAACGUGGGAUUUAGUUCGCCGGAAGAAGCUUACAAGCUUCAAGGCGCCCGAUACGACCCUGCUCGAGUGGAGCCCGGCAGGCGAUAAGUUUAUGACGGCCACCACCGCUCCGCGUCUCCGUAUGUCGAACGGAUUCAAGGUUUGGCACUACUCCGGUGCCCUGCUUGGCGAGUACAAUUGGGCCGGCGAGCUAUUGGAAGUGGUUUGGCAAAAGUACGAGCCAGGGACGUUCCCCGAGGUCACCAUUUCCGACAAAAAGGUAACUGGGAUUGUGUCCACCACACCAGUGGCCAGCAAACAAAAGUACGUGCCACCGGGUGCGAGGAACAGUAUCGUUGUGACGAGCAGCGGCCAAACGAUUGACUUGAGACCACCGAUUCCGGGACUCCCGCCCGGAUACCGUUCGGCUACGCAGAUCAAGAACAACAAGAAAAAGGAAAAGAAAAGCAAACCAGCUGAUGGUGCUGAGAAUGGAACGACCGGCCAGGGGAAGGAUCCUGCUGAGACGAAACCACCUCAGGCGCAGAAAAAAAAGGCUCCAAAAGCAGCGCCUAAAAAAGAGAGUACUGAUGGCGAUGUCGCCAAUGGAAAUGCUAAAUCAUCGGCAGCAGCAGUCAACGUGACAAAAGAUCAGGAGCAAAACGACUCGACCACUCCGGGCGAGCCGAAACCGAAGCCAUCCCUUACCGGGGAUCCGGAGAAGGAUAAGAAGAUUCGAGCCAUCAACAAGAAGUUGAAGGACAUUAAGCUGCUGAAGGAGAAGCACGAGCGCGGGGAAAAACUCGUCGCCACGCAGCUCACUAAAAUGAACUCCGAGGAACAGUUGACGAAGGAAUUGAGUGCUCUCAAGGUGGGGGCCGCCUAAGCCUGGCAAAAGUCUUGACUUCCAUCUCUCUCGCUGCCAUCCUGUGCACAGACGCACACUGCAACCCCUUACCUUGGGUGGUUUCUCUUGGUGUACAGAUUAAAAACCUUUCAAACCUGGGCAAUGGGCAAUGAGUUUGCUACCAGGAAAUGGAACAGCGGCGACAACAUCGAACACACUACACUAUUUUUGAUACUUCAACGUAUGAAACGGGAGGUGGUGUCCUUAAGCGUGAAAUAAAUAUACUUUGCAGAAAACGUUAAAAACGUGCGCUUCGCUAUUGCUAG